AUGGGAAAACAAAAUAGCAAACUGAAGCCGGAGGUGCUCGAAGAUUUGAAACAGAAUACGGAAUUUUCAGAUGCUGAAAUUCAGGAGUGGUACAAAGGUUUCCUGAAAGACUGUCCAAGCGGUCACUUGUCUGUUGAGGAGUUUAAGAAAAUAUAUGGAAACUUCUUUCCAUAUGGGGAUGCUAGUAAGUUUGCAGAACAUGUUUUUCGAACGUUCGACGCAAAUGGGGACGGCACUAUAGAUUUUCGGGAGUUCCUUUGUGCCCUUAGCGUGACGUCACGUGGAAAACUCGAACAGAAACUAAAAUGGGCCUUCUCCAUGUACGACCUUGACGGUAAUGGUUAUAUAUCACGACAGGAAAUGCUUGAAAUUGUAACGGCUAUCUACAAAAUGGUGGGAUCCGUAAUGAAGAUGCCCGAGGACGAGUCGACGCCGGAAAAGAGGACGGACAAAAUAUUUCGACAGAUGGAUAGAAAUAAAGACGGAAAACUAUCACUGGAAGAGUUUAUCGAAGGAGCCAAGAGCGAUCCUUCCAUUGUACGACUUCUUCAAUGCGACCCACAAUCACAGUGA